GGGGAGGGCGGGGGCGCCCGCGUCCCCGUCCGCGUCCCCGAGGCGUUCCGCCCGGGCCCGCGGGGCGGGCGUGAGGCGGCGGCGAUGGCGGCCGAGCUGGAGUCUUCGCUGGAGCUGAGCUUCACGGGCAGCGGCACGGUGCCGGGCGGCGGGCUGCCCCCCGCUCGCUCCCGCAUCUUCAAGAUCAUCGUCAUCGGCGACUCCAACGUGGGCAAGACGUGCCUCACCUACCGCUUCUGCGCCGGCCGCUUCCCGCAGCGCACCGAGGCCACCAUCGGCGUGGACUUCCGCGAGCGCGCCGUCACCAUCGACGGGGAGCGCAUCAAGAUCCAGCUAUGGGAUACAGCAGGCCAGGAGCGCUUCAGAAAGAGUAUGGUGCAGCACUAUUACCGGAAUGUACAUGCUGUCGUGUUUGUGUAUGAUAUGACAAACCUUGCCAGUUUUCAUAGUCUGCCGUCGUGGAUAGAGGAAUGCAAACAACACCUCCUUACCAACGAUAUACCACGGAUUCUUGUUGGAAAUAAAUGUGACCUGAGAAAUGCCAUUCAGGUACCUACGGACUUGGCCCAGAAGUUUGCCGAUACGCACAGCAUGCCGUUAUUUGAAACCUCUGCCAAAAACCCCAAUGACAAUGACCACGUGGAGGCCAUAUUUAUGACACUGGCUCACAAGCUUAAAAGCCACAAGCCACUAAUGCUAAGUCAACCCCCAGAUCGUGAUCAAAUACACAUAAAGCCUGAACCGAAACCCGCCAUGACCUGCUGGUGUUAAAUUUCACUAUUCAUUAGCUGCCACCUUGUCCCGUGUGCAAACGCUCCAAAGUUACGAUCUUGUCAUAGAUCAAGGGUUUGGUAGCAAUUAUAGCAAAUCCCUUUGGCACUUUACUGUGUUGUUGGUUUUUUUUCUGGUGUAGAUGUGCCCAUCUCAUUUUUUUGCACUUCGUUAUUCUACUUUCUGAAUUACUGAAGUUUCACUAUAAAUAUGCAGGAAAGUAACCUUUCAAGUGAAGUUUUAACAAAGCAAUUCUUGAGCACUGGCUCUCUCAGAUCUUUUUUGUCACUCGUGGUGAAGUUACAAAUAGUAAGACAGUUUACUAAUGUGUUUGCUUGCUACCUGCAUUGGGAUAAUGUAGGAGGAAAAGCGUUUUGGGACAGCCCGAUAGCUCAACGUGCAGAUCAGCGGGUGGGGAGAUUUCUGAUGUCUGAAGGAAUACUGGAUGCCUGCUAGCAAACUGAGAAGCGAGGGCCUGUUUAUUUAAAAAGCAGACAGGACCAUCAGAUUAAGUUUGAGCCGUCAGUGUAAGUGCAAACUGCUGGCUUUGGUGGCCUGUCGUUGCGUGGUAAACUUUGCUUCUCCGUGGCAGUGGUGGGAACAUUGACCAACUUGUCCCUACCUCUGGGCAAUUGUGUGGUACAUAACACUUCUUCAUUAAUUUGUUAUAAUUAAUUGUAAGACUAAUUUGUCCUUCUUACGGCAAGUCCUGUAGCAUGGGAUGUGGGGGAAGAACCGGGACUAGAACUAUCUUCAGCCUCUUCGACCUUACUAAGAUUUAAAUAUUCAGUGAGGGUUGACUUCUAAAUGUGCUGUAUUUGAGUUGAGUGAGCCAGGAUAAGUGAAAACGCUUACAAUAAAAAUAAAAACAGGAGUGAAUGUAUCAAAAGCAUACUGGGGUUUUCAAAGACACAGCUUUCGGAGGAUGCGCGUGCUGAUGAAUGCUUCUUAAAUAUCUUGAAACAAAAGACAGCUUUUUACAAGACGACGUGAUAACUUGCUUUAGUGAUGAAAACGCCUAGGACAGAACGUUACUUCGGGUGCCCCUUUUGAUGUACAAAGUCGUGCCUUAUAUAUUGUAAACACCGAGGCCGCCGUACUGCAAGGAGUUUUGCUAAUACAUAUGAAGGCUGCUGCGCAAAGGAACAACUGGCUUCCGUAUGAGAAGGUUGAUUGGCUUGCAUAAUGAUUAAACGCUGUCAGCCAUUUACAGGAUAGGGAAUAUCAGAUUUCCUUUAAGUAGUUGUAAAGGCAAAAAUUAUUGAAUUACAGAGAAAAAUGUGCCAAAUAGAUAAUGUCUUACAGAUGUUGUUGGUUAAAACAUGCUUGUGUCAUGGCUGUAAGCUAUGCCUCCAUGGCGUUGCUCACGUGAGUUAGUAAUUGCUCUUCUAGAACCAUCUUCAUCUGCGCUCUCCUUGUUGCAACCAUUUGUUCUGUUCUUUGAAGGUCAGAGUUCAUAACAAAGACGGUGCUAGGUUGCAUAUAGCUACAUAAAGUGAAAUGUAAUCCUUAGAUUUCAGUCUAUGACUUCAUAGGCCAUGGUCGAACAACAUUUUCUGACUUGCUACUUUUUAAAGGAAUUAAAAAUGAAGGUGUUUGAUUUGCAGUAUGAAACGUGUUGUGUUGGCUGGAAAUACAAAGCCCAGUUUAGAAGCUGCCAGCCCAGUGGUGGUUAGAAACAAAUUACUGAAACUAAGUAGCUAAUAUAACGUGAACUAUGGAAAUUACUAAGAUGUCAUUGAAUUGCAAGUUACACGGAUAAAAGGAGAAAUGCAUCGACUCUUUUCUAGAUUUAGAAAAGCAUUCAGUUUGGCCUAAUGCGAUGAUGAUGUUUAAAAAGAGUCUAAACAGAAAAUAUUAUUAUUGUCCAAAUAAAGCUGCUACAGCUCUGACCGUAAUGUUGUUAAUGCAACAUGUGUUAAAGGGAACUUUAGUAGUUGCUCUGAACCUGACAUGACUGGGUCUACAGUCCUUUCAGAAGCAAUCAGCUUUUUGAAACUAGUGUCCUUAAUGGAUUUUUUUGGAAAAGGAUUGAUCUGAAAGUUAUAUGUGUAGUAUUAUAAAUAAACAAUUUAUUUUUUACUCACGUCCUGAAUCCUUUUUCUCAAAAGGAUCCAUCUUAACUAGUUGCAUAAUAGAAAGUGCGUCAGCAAACACUCUUUUUUGUUGUUGUUGUCUUUUUUGUUUUAAUUAAUUUGAGCAAAGCAAAUCACACAGAAUGAAGUGUUCCGAAGUCAGGGUAGGGUCUGAGGUAAGGAAACAGUGUAGACACAAUGCUAAUGUUAAAUUUGAUAUCGGACAUCUGCAGAUCUGUUAAGCUUUGAGGUAUUCGCAACCUGUACAUAAGGGCCCUCACGUCAUUCAGAUGGUGUGGAAGCAAACAACGCUUUUAGUAUGUAAUCUUGUUUUGAGCACACAGCAUGUUUUAAUGGUUCUGCCAUGAAGAUAAAUGUGACCGUUAAUUCGGGGUUCGAUGUGCUUCCUGGCUUUCAGUAGUAGUGUUCUACCCACAGAAUUGAUGUCAAAAGCACCGAACACUUUGUAUGCACAUUCUCACCUUCCCGAAUUGUCAUGUUGGAUUCUUUUGUAUGUGUUGGGGAAGGGUAAGCCAAUGCCAGAAACCUAAGAACUGGCUUUGCCCCAGACUAUUAUCACUUGUUUUCAGUACUUGUUCUAAGAACGGUGAUAACAUUUCUCUUAGUAAAAUCCAUAAUAAUAAACUAUGAUAAAGAAGGGA